ACAAGCAAUAGUACUACGCCUGACGUCAACAACGAUUUUCUUGCCAUUGUUUACAACAACACCAAAAUGGAUAUUAAAGUAGUUUUUGUUGCAAUUUUUGUCGUAACGAGCGUAACAGCCCACGCAUCGGCAAUAUCUUGUAACUUACCGCCAAGCGUUUGGUGUUCAUCGCGUCAAGUUGCAAUAAAAUGCAACGUCGAAAAGCAAUGUGAUUUGUAUUUUUCAUCCCACUCUAAAUCAAAAGCCGAGCUUGUGAACUUUACGCUUUACAUGGAAAGCCUGUGUCCUUAUUGCAGGGAAUUUGUUAACAAUAAAUUAUGGCCCUCAUUUAAAGCCAUUGGUGAAAUAAUGAAUUUGGCCAUUGUGCCGUACGGCAACGCAAUCGAGAUAAAGAAAGGCAACAGGUGGAAAUUUAUGUGUCAACACGGCAAGGAAGAAUGCCAUGGAAACUUAAUUGAGACAUGUGCUAUACACUACAACAAAAAUGCCUCUGCCUUUAUGCCUUUUAUCUACUGCAUCGAGUCAUCAAAUUCAUUGCCUCGAAAUAUCGCUCAUAAAUGUGCAAAAAAAUUCGGUUUAGACUAUUCUCAAAUCAUCUCAUGCGUAAAAGGUCGUGUUGGCAAUAAGUUAGAACACAAAAUGGCUAAGAAAACCAUGGCUCUCGACCCACCACAAAAAUAUGUACCUUGGGUAACCUUAAAUGGGGUACACACGGAAAGUAUUCAAACUGCAGCUACAGAAAAUCUCAUCAAGCUUAUUUGCGACACAUAUCAAGGUAGUCGAAAACCUAAAGCAUGUUUACCAAGCAAGAAGAAGACAUCGAGUAGAGCCUAAACCUAUGUUUUCUAAAAAUCAAAGAAAGGAAUAAACACAUAUAAAAGGUCUUGAUUAAUUCAUGAUUGAAAUUAUAUCUUACUCAAUAAAGCAGGUUUAAAAUUUUUAAAACUGCUAAUCUUGUAGACACUAUGAGUGAUUAAAUUUGGUAUCGUAUCGUAUGGUGGCCCACAAGUGCAAA